AUGGGUCUUGGAACAUCGAGAAAUAAUAAUGAUGGACCAGUAUUUGAAGUUCAUGGUCGUCUUUAUCGUAUUUUAGAUACUAUUGGUCAAGGUAGUGAAGCCACCGUAUAUAAAUGUGAAGAUCAAAGUGCUAUGCAAUAUGCUGUUAAAGUUUUCUAUUUUUCACGUUAUCCUCCACACGAUUUAAAGAGACGUAUUGGAAAUUUUAAUAAAGAAGGACGUAUGUUAAGAUAUAUGUCUGGACGUUCACGCCAUUUUAUUUCUUUAAUUGAUUUUGAAUAUAAACCUCAAGAAAAUGUUGGUUAUAUGAUUAUGGAAUUAGGAGAUGGUAGUUUAAGAGAACAGCUAGUGGGAGUACCAUUACCUGAUCAAUUACGAAGAAUGUAUUGGAAACAGAUUGUUACUAUCUUACGAGAUCUUCAAAAUGCACGUGUUGUUCAUGCUGAUAUCAAACCGGAUAAUUUAAUUCUAGUGAAUGGUAUACUUAAAGUAACCGAUUUAGGCUUAGCCCUUCCGUUGGGUUCAGCAAGAAAUACGAUUCGACGGGCAGCAGUGCGUGGCACUCUUGAUUAUAUGGCGCCUGAAGUAUUUUCUCAUCAAACUGGUUUUAAAUCGGAUGUAUGGUCAGCCGGUAUUAUACUUUAUGAAAUGACUUACGGUCGUCCGCCCUUCUUUGCUAUUAUGGAUCGAGAUCAAAAAAUAGCUGCUAUUUCAUCAAUGGCACCAAUAUCAUUUCCACCAGUGAGAGAUCGACCUUUAUUAGAUUGUCUGAGACGAUGUCUUAUAAAUAAUUCAAAUCAAAGACCCACUGCAUAUCAAUUACUAUCACAUCCAUAUACAAGAAGCCGGUUGUAA